CACCGCAGAGCACCAUUCCUUGUCAGCCCAUCCCAAGCACCCAGGAGGCCACCUGCACCCAUCAACCAUGUAGGCUCCACCGCUGGUCACCAUGUACCAGCGCUACGCGGCCGUUCUCUGUGUCCUGGCCGUGCUGGGGCUGGAAGUGGCUGCGCUGGGGGAAUGCGAGCUCGCCCGACUGCUGCAGGAAAAGCUGCGGUAUGACAUGCGCCUGAAGUACAUGAAGCACAACUUCCCCAUUAACUACACUCUCCGGGUGCAGCACGAGGAGGUGCUGCGGACAGCCAACGUCACCCGCCUGCGUGAUGGAAAAGUGUCGGAGGCAUCGCUGCGCUACCUGUGGUUCCACGCCUGUUCCCAGGCAGUGCUGCACAUCCUCGAGGUGCUGCCGGAGAAGCACCCGUCCUAUGGAUACACGCAGGAGCUGAGCCAGCUUUUGGAUGCCCUGGGCAUGGAGUACAGUGGGUACCGGCAGAGCGACGUGGACGCGGUGGUGGCCGACCUGGUGAAGCAGCUGCACAGCAGCGAUAGCCGGCUGAAGGCCGUGCGCCCCAAAGCACUGCUGGACAACUGCCUCAAGGUCCUGCGGAUGCUCUUCGGGGCACACUGUCGGUGGGACUCCGCUUAAUGCCGACCCAUUGAGGAAGAGGAGGAUGAAGGCACACUUGGGGGGUGAUGGCAGUGCCCGCUCCCUUUUCUUUUGUACAAUUUUUUUAAUUCCCACUCCCUCGGCUUUCAUUAAGCACCACGUAACGUCCUAGCGCUCGAAUCUUAACUGCAAUAAAGAGAAGCAGAGCCAUCACGCCUGCCGCGUCGUUUGGGGAGCCAUUCCCCUCCCUCUGGCUUUCCGAAGGAAAUACGGAUAUAUAACUCCAGAUGGACCAGAUGUUGGCUAUCUCCGUGUCUUGCCAUGACCCCAGCUUUCCCAGAGCAUCCCAGUGGCAAAUAGUUGGCCUCACGAUUCUCCAAGAAACCUCUUGAGAUGUCUCUGCAUCUCCUGACUUGCUAUAGGAGGAUGCUCACGUGCCCCCGAGCUGGGACUGCUGAUAAUAAAAGCAACCUCACAGA